AGUUAAAUAUGUGGCAAUUAAAAACAGCGUAAAGAAGAAAACCAAACAUUUGGUUGGCCACUGAGAGUACACAUUAUGUAACAGGAAGCUGGUGAAGAGCCCUUAAAAGGCAGGCUGCGUGAACUUAGACAGCAAACCUCAGUGCACUCAUGGAGUACACACUUGCUAUCAUACUGCUCUUCUUCUUAGCAGGACCAUGUUUGUCCCUGCCCGGUCAGAUCUCCUCUCAGUCAAAUGUUGGAGCAAGAAGACAAAGGAGAAGCUACUUUGAUGAUAUUGACGAAAAGACUCCAAUUGCAAUGGAAAAGAUCAUAGAUGUAAAUGACUAUCAAGGUGUCAUUUCUGUGGAAGGCACCAACCUCAGAGAAGGAGAUAUAGCCGUGUCCAGUAGGAGUCAGAAGAACUGUUUUGCCAGAAGCUGCCUGUGGACCAAAUCUAUAGAUGGAAAAGUGUACAUUGCGUACUCAGUGUCUCAUGUGUACAGCGAGGAGGACGUGGAGAACAUUAAGAAAGGCAUGAAGCUCAUUGAACAUGACACUUGUGUGCGAUUCGUACCCAGAACUCACCAGAGGGACUACCUGGAUAUUCAGCCCAAAACAGGGUGCUGGUCAUAUCUGGGAGCACGUGGUGGUAGACAAACCAUUUCUCUUCAGACACCUGAGUGCACCGGGUCAGGGGUCACCGUCCAUGAGCUAAUGCACGCCCUGGGCUUUGUUCACGAACAAUCCCGAGCUGACCGGGACAAGUAUGUCACCAUCAUGUGGUCCAAUAUAUGGCAAGACCGGCUGAGGAAUUUUGAAAAGUUUAAAACAGACAACCUGGACACCCCCUACGACUACGGCUCUAUCAUGCACUUUGGAAAGUAUGCCUUCUCUGAGGAUGGUGAACCUACUAUUGUACCAAAAAGAAACUGGAACGUGAAGAUUGGACAGAGAUUCGGACCCAGCGACUUGGAUAUAAUGAAGAUAAAUAGAAUGUAUAAAUGUAAUGCAUAAUAAAAUCCAUUUACAGUAAUGAAUGGUCCAUUGCACGGCUAAAAGUCUGACAUUAUUAAUGCAUUAGUGCUUUUACUUCUUAACAUUUUAGCAUCAUAUUUAUUUAAAGGAAAAUGGCUGAUUGUGAAGAUUGCUGAUAUAAAAAUAGCUAAUCAACUAUAAGAAUAUUCUUUUGUAACCUGCUGUUUCAGAUAUUUCUAUAUUCCUUCCUGUGCUGAUUUGAUAUCUUGAUGCCUCAUGUAAACAUUACAUCAAUAAACAUGGUCCAUAAAUA